AUGAUCAUCGAACUCAAGGGCAUGGUCGACUCAAAGGUGAGCCCGCAGCACCCCGUGAUGAUCCCAAGGCUGGAGUUGAAGGUGGGGAGGAACAACAGCAAGGAGAGGGGCAUCGUGGACGAGUCCAGGAAGCUCAAGGCCACCACACUCGUCGUCGGCACCAACUCAAGAGGCAUCUUUGGCAUUCGCGGCCGUACGGGAGUGGGGGCGUAUUGCAUGAAGAACCGCCCCCCAACAGUGUCCGUCUACGUGGUGCUAAAGGACAAAGUCACCGCGUGCAGAGAGGCCGACUCCCUGCCCGGCUCCUCCUCCUCCGCGCCCACCAGCCCCGGCCACUUGCUUGUGGCGUCAUCAGCACCGUUCCGCCACAGCCCGUCCAUGUCCGCACACCACCAGUCCGACCGCUCCUCCACACGCAGCUCGUCGGGGGUGCUGGAGCCCACCGAUGGGCUCGGGUCUGACGAUGCAGCUCUGGUUACGGGUGCACAGACACACAUCACUCUCGCCCUUCUCCCUUUCCCUCAAGCCAAUCAUGCAGAAGAUGAUGAAGCCGCAAGGACCAAUGGCGCGCAGCCACCUGGCGCCGACUACCCCAGCAGCCCCAACGUCCACGCCGCCCCACAGCCCUCCCGAGCCGGUACCUGGCCUCACGACCAUGCUGGUGCUACCCUUACCACACCCGACGGUAUACCCGGCUUCCAAACUUACUCCCCAGGCUUGGCCGUGCCUCACGGCAUGCCAGGGGCCUCCCCGAUUCGGAAUCCUGGGGACGGGGGCGAUUUGGACUCCAUGAUGCAGAUGAAAAUGCAGCAGCUGCAGCUGCAGAACCAGCAGCAGAUGCUGCUACUGCAACAGCAGCAGCAGCUGCAGCAGCUGCAGCAGCAGCAGCAGAUGCAGCUGCAGCAGGUGCAGCAGCGGCUACAGAGAGACUAUCUAGCAGAGGUGGACGCGUGGAGGAGGGCGAACCCCCAGGCGACCCCAGAGCAGCAGCAGGCAUUCAUGGCUGACCUAGAGGCGCGUAUGGCCCAGGCCACUGCAGCCCUAGCAGGCAUGCCGCUCCAUGACGCCGCUGCCAGACUCGGUGGUAACCAGCAGGCUCGGCCCGAGCCUGGGGGCUCGCCUCAGGUUGCCGCGGCACAGGGAGUGGCUCGGGAGGCGGAUGCAGCAGCGAGGAUUGGGCAGAUGGCUGCAGACGCGGAGAGGGCGCGGGCAGCCGCGGAAGAGGGGAGGAGAGCAGCGGAAGAGGAGGUGGGGAGGCGGGGAGGGGAGAGGAGGUGGAGAAGGGGGCAGGUGGUGGAGGAGGAGCGGCGGGGGGAGGGGAACCGGUUGCGCCAGUGCAGAGGGGGAGAGUGCAUGAGUACAGCCCUGCACUCUACACCCUGCCUGCACUGCUUCCUGCUCACUAAACCCCCUUUCCACCCACCCCUCUUGGGCCUCCUCACUGACCUCCUGUGCACCCCCCUCCCACCCCUCCCUGCACCCCCCUCCCACCCCUCCUGUGCUGUCAAUGGUAAACAGGCUGCGACGGAGAACUUCAGUGCGGGGAGAAAGCUGGGCGAGGGGGGCUUUGGCACCGUGUACUGUACUCUGGAACGCUGCACCUCCUCCCCCUGUGCUCCCCUCCUCCCCCCGUGCUCCCCUCCUCCCCCCGUGCUCCCCUCCUCCCCCCUGCACCACCCCAUCUGUUCUUCCCCUCUCCCUUCCCUUCCCGCUGCACCUCACCCCCUGCAUUUCAAUCUUCGCCCCGCCCUCUCUCGCACCAAGCAGGCACCAACGGACAACUUCAGUGCGGAGAGAAAGCUGGGCGAGGGGGGGUUCGGCACCCAGGCAGCAACGGACAACUUCAGUGCGGCGCGCAAGCUGGGCGAGGGGGGGUUCGGCACCGUGUACUCGGGCACGCUGCACCACACGCCCGUGGCCGUGAAGCUGCUCAAGAGCCAGGACUCCAUUCAGGCCAUGGCGGAGUUCCAACAAGAGGUGGAGAUUCUGAGUCAGAUACAGCAUCCGCACGUGCUGAUGCUGCUGGGGUGCUGUCCCGAUCGCUACGUGCUCGUCUACGAGUACCUCGCCAACGGCUCUCUGGAGGACCGCCUCCUCCGCCUCCACUCCACCCCCCCCCUCCCCUGGUUCGUCCGCAUACGCAUUGCCGCCGAAAUCGCCUCCUCCCUCCUCAUCCUGCACACCCGCCCCGUGCCCAUCGUGCACCGCGACUUAAAGCCCGGGAACAUUCUGCUGGAUAAGAAUUUCGUCGCGAAGUUAGGGGAUGUGGGGUUGGCUAAGCUUAUGCCGGGGCUGUCUAUGGAGAAGACGUGCGACCGCGAGUCGACCCCGGUGGGGACGUUCGCAUACGUCGACCCGGAGUUCCAGAGAACCGGGGAAUUCGGCCCGAAAUCCGACGUGUACGCGUUCGGCAUCGUCCUACUCGACCUCCUCACAGGCCGCACACCCGCUCUGUACGAAGCCUUGGAAAUCGCAGUGGAGAGUAACCGGAACGACGAGCUGAUGCGGUUCCUGGAUGCGGGAGCCGGCACGUGGCCGCAGGGCAUGGCGAUGGAGAUAGCCAAGCUGGCGAUUCAGUGCAGCGAGAUGAAGAGGCGCAAGCGGCCGGACCUUGAGACGGAGGUGAUGCCGAUUCUGGACAGGAUGCGGAGCGUGGCGAUCAAGGCGGAGGAGGAUGCGAAGAAGGCGUCGCUGGUCCGGCCCGUGGCUGCUGCUCCUCCCUGCCUCUUCUGCCCCAUCACUCAGGAGCUGAUGGUGAAUCCAGUGAUAGCAGCGGACGGGCACACGUACGAACUGGUGGCGAUACAGCAGUGGCUGGAGAAGAGUGAUCGCUCGCCCAUGACCAACGUGCGCCUGCCCUCCAAGGCCCUCGUGCCCAACCGCGCUCUCAAAUCCAUGAUCCUCGACUGGCGCGAGACGGGAGGGUCGGGGUAA